CCCUCCGGAUCCCGCCCUGCUCCGUCACGGCCGUUGGCCCCGCCUCCUGUUCUAGAAUAAGUUCCCCGGAUGCGGCUCUCGCGCUCGAUCUUUCCAGAAGCCGCUGGUGGAGCAGGAAGCAGAGAGCCGAGCUGUGAGGGAGCCGCACUUACCGUCUGUGUUCUGGGUGGGUAUGGAGGGUAACCAUGGCAACCCGGGCUGGGAAAUCCGAGCUCGGGGGGGACACGAUCGGCCGCAUUCCCCGGGUCCCUGUGUCAUUAUUAUACCGGGGGGGGGGGCGACAUCCAUCGUGAUAGCAGUGACGUCAUCAGCCUCCAUGUCUGCCUCUCCCUUCAAAAUGUCGGCGGCUGUGAUGUCACGUGUUACUGCCCCCCCCCAGGGAAUAUAUUAUAAUAAAUAAAAAUAUAAUCUAUUCCCUGAGGGAGAGAAUGAGACCACCACAGACAUAAUAAAUAUAAAUUAAAUAAUGUUUGUGGUGGUCUCAUUCUCCCCCAGGGAAUAUAUUAUAUUUUUAUUUAUAAUUAUUAUGUUUGUGGUGGUCUCAUUCUCCCCCUCCUCAGGGAACAUAUUAUAAUAAAUAAAAAUAUAAUCUAUUCCCUGAGGGAGAGAAUGAGACCACCACAGUGGUGGUCUCAUUCUCCCACCCCCCCCAGGGAAUAUAUUAUAUUUUUAUUUAUAAUUAUUAUGUUUGUGGUGGUCUCAUUCUCCCCCCUCCUCAGGGAAUAUAUUAUAAUAAAUAAAAAUAUAAUCUAUUCCUUGAGGGAGAGAAUGAGACCACCACAGUGGUGGUCUCAUUCUCCCACCCCCCCCAGGGAAUAUAUUAUAUUUUUAUUUAUAAUUAUUAUGUUUGUGGUGGUCUCAUUCUCCCCCUCCUCAGGGAACAUAUUAUAAUAAAUAAAAAUAUAAUCUAUUCCCUGAGGGAGAGAAUGAGACCACCACAGUGGUGGUCUCAUUCUCCCACCCCCCCCAGGGAAUAUAUUAUAUUUUUAUUUAUAAUUAUUAUGUUUGUGGUGGUCUCAUUCUCCCCCCUCCUCAGGGAAUAUAUUAUAAUAAAUAAAAAUAUAAUCUAUUCCUUGAGGGAGAGAAUGAGACCACCACAGUGGUGGUCUCAUUCUCCCACCCCCCCCAGGGAAUAUAUUAUAUUUUUAUUUAUAAUUAUUAUGUUUGUGGUGGUCUCAUUCUCUCCCUCAGGAGGGUCAGCCAUUCCAUGUCAUGGACGAUGGGUAGAAGAUGGCGCUGGGUGGGAGCCAGGUUUCAGGGAUAUCCGUGAGGGAGUUGAGAUGCUGAGGUCAUAGCUUUCCCAUCUCUCAUUUCAUUGGAAACUAAUAUAUGUUCAAGGAAUUCCCCGGGUGUCGUAACCACUCUUAUUGGAAUGAAGUUGUUAUGGUGCGAGGAGGUCUGACGCUUCUGAUGAGGAAUAGGCGGUUGAGGCGCAGAGAUAAUGGGUGGCUGACUGAACACCUACACAUUAAACCGUCUACUGUAACUCCUUGAGGAGAGCUGGCUUCCAGGACCUCCUUACAACAUAAACUUGAAUCCCAGGUUGUAACAUAUUGGAUUUUUUUUUUUUUUUAAUUGGCCCAAGCUCAAUUAUAGGUAAACUAGAGCACUUCACCGGCUUAAUUGUUUAGCGUACACAUACUACCAUUCAGGUUUCAAUCCGCUAUGACUCGUGCGUAAAAACAAUAGAAUUAAAUCUCUUCCUAAAAUCACUUUAGCCAGAAUAGUUUGUAUUUUAUUCCAUUUUUUUGUUUUGGGCCAGGAUCUAUUGACACAAACGAUGUCACUAGGUGUGAUUGAAAUUUGGCCGUGUAGUCUCAUCUUUGUGUGUUUUAAUGUAUGGGGCCAAUAAUAUAUAUUAUUGUUGACAGCAGACCCCUAGAUGGGUAAACCCUAGUAUGGGGAUGUCACACUUACACUCAGAAAAGUAGCAGUUGCAUGGAAUGUCAUAAGAAUUUAAAGGUCCUCUAAAAGCACUAUAAUCUUUAACUAUUAGUCAUAUUGAUUUGGAGUUGCAUAGUUAAUCAGGACCCUCUUCAACACUCAUAGCCCACCCUUUAUUACUUCAAUUUUAUAAAGAGGCCUAACCUAGAUGCUAGUCCUAGCUUGAGCUUGGUUAGCCCAGCAACAACAGCCCAAAGUUGGAUGGGCCAAUGCUUGCUGUUGCAAAAGUGUUAUUUUCUACUUUUUUUUUUUUUUUUAAAUAGCCAUUUAAAAUUUGACACCCAGAUGUCUUUGCUGACAGGUUCAAUGCUUCCUGAAUACUACAGUACAUUUUAAUGUUUAUAGUGCCUACACAAUUAAGUAUGACGUGUGUUUCCAUUAAGGAUGUUUUAAAAUAAUAUGGAAGGGAAGUAGCUGCAGCAAUAUACUAAUUACAUGAGCAUCUCUGCAGACGGAAGGCGUAAAGGUCAGGUUUUUGGGCUGAUGAAUGGGGGGAGGGUUGUAACUGUUGCCAGCAUGUUGUACAUGCUGAUGAAAUACUUCCAAUAUGCCCAUUUUUGCCAUUCGUCAAUGCAGAACUCUUGUUCUAGGCUGGCUGAUGAUGCUGCUGGAGGUGGUUAUACCACUGGCAGUAAAAAGGUUAAACUCUAUAUGUGCAGCAUUUUAUAGCAAUGGGGUUACUAUGGUAACUCCCUAAUAGCUGUCUAGGGAGUAUAGGAACAGUGACAUAUGUCACUCUGUUCAGACACUGGUAAUGAAGCCAGUAUGUCGAAAUCCUGAGUGGUUUGCCCUGCUUUGAGUAAAAGUGUCCAAGCAUGGUAAAUCUAAGAGGCCAGGCAGACCAGAGUUGGGUGUUACACCCACAAAGCUGAGGAAGUGUCUGCAUUGGAUCGCAGAUGAAGUGAACAUGUGUUACAAUUUUACAUUAAAUACAUCAUGUGUCCUUGUGAUUUAUUCAACUUAUCUGCUGGUGAUUUUAGCGCAAGUUAAUAAAGUAACAGGUUUACAAAAAAAUCCCUGUGUGAUGGCAUAACUUUCAUUCUAUUUUAGCUGAGUGCUUAGUAUUUAAAGGGAUACUCCAGGCACCCAGACCACUUCUGCGCAUUGGAGUGGUCUGGGUGCAAACUCCCACCACCCUUAACCCUUCCAGUUGUAGUUAUUGCAGUUUUCAUAAACUGCAAUAAUUACAUUGCAGGGUUAAGUCCUCCUCUGGUGGCUCUCUACUAGACAGCCACUAGAGGAGACUUCAGUGUUCAUAGAAACCCGAAAAGUGGUUUAAAACGACACUGGGUGUCCUCACACUAUGUGAGGACCUCCAGCGUUGCCGAAAUCCCCAUAGGAAAGCAUUGAAAGCAUUAUUCAAUGCUUUCCUAUGUGGACGUCUGAUGCGCAUUAGGUCUCAGACGGCCGCGCAUGUGCAGUAGGGCUCGGCUGACGUCGGUGCUGGAUUCAGGUAAGUCACUUAAGGGGUUUUAACCCCUUCAGCAACUUGCGGUGGGAGGUAGAGGGUCCUGCAGUGCCAGGAAAACUGUCUUAAUGGCACUGGAGAAUCCCUUUAAGUGAUUGCAUAUACUGGACUGAGUGGUCGUUCCUUGUUUCAUAUUCUCAAUCUAUUACAUGUGUCUUAGUAACGCUUGCUUACCAGUUGAUGCUUCAAUAUAUUUGGUUUACAGUUUCCAAGGAGAAACUCCUACCUUUAGUGGGAUGUUUGUUUUGCUGUUGUCAUGGGGAAACCCCUAAUCUUUGAUUUUUGUGUUUAGGUCUGAAGGAAGCCUGUUGCUGUAUACACUUUGAAAAUGGUAAAAGAGACUGGAUACUACGAUAUUCUGGGCGUGAAACCCAAUGCUACCCCAGAGGAACUCAAAAAAGCCUACAGAAAGCUUGCCUUAAAAUAUCACCCUGAUAAGAAUCCAAAUGAAGGUGAAAAGGUAUGUAAAUGUUUAGUUGCUAGUUGUAAACUAUCUAGUGUGAUUGGUGAUCCCAAAAUAGCUUUUUCACAAAAAUAAAAGAUGUUCACAUUGUUCUGAAAGGCUAUAAUGUAAUGUCAAAGUUUUUCGGUAUUAUUAUUUCUUCAUAUCUUUUGGUAAUUUUACUGGCAUGCUCCCCUUAUAGAUUGAAGUUGAGUGCCCUUUUCUUCCAUUGAAGUAAAUGCACUUUUUCUAUAGAACAAUCUAGAGACUGGGGGAGAAAACCUACAUAGAAUGUGGCCCCUAUUUAGCUCCUUGAAAAGUUGCAAAGCUUGCAUAUGUUCGAAGUACAUGCAAGUGGAUCUUCAUUUAUGGUGUUCAAUUGCUGAUGUUGUGAAAAGUGUAGUGUGUGCUCUGUGCAUUAGACUACACUUGAUCCAAUCACAGAAAAGUGAAACAAAUCCUCGUUUUGAUUACUGCUCUUCUGGAAAAAUAUACACUUUACAGUUCGUUUUUAAUCUCUUAAUGAUAAUUGUCUGUUCAGUUCAAACAGAUUUCGCAGGCUUAUGAAGUUCUCUCUGAUACCAAAAAGAGAGACUUGUACGAUAAGGGUGGUGAGCAGGCCAUUAAAGAAGGUGGAAUGGGAGGAGGUGGCUUUGGCUCACCAAUGGACAUCUUUGAUAUGUUCUUUGGAGGAGGUGGAAGAAUGCAGAGAGAACGGAGAGGUAAUUAAUUGCUGUAAUACAUUCUUUAACUGUUCAAAAGCCUUGUUGAUGGCUCUGUUCUGAAAUUUGGGUUUGUUUUUCAGGUAAAAAUGUAGUUCAUCAGUUGUCUGUAUCACUAGAAGACUUGUAUAAUGGUGCAACUAGAAAACUGGCUCUGCAGAAGAAUACAAUCUGUGACAAAUGUGAAGGUAUGUGAUUUCAUGGAUUGCUACGGACCUUGGCUUUCUGGUGCAUACUGUCUUCUGUGGGGAUUUUUAAUUUUAUCUUCCAUUGAAGAGUUCUUAUAAUGAAGUUUGUUUUAAACCUAGGUCGUGGUGGCAAGAAGGGAGCAGUUGAAUGCUGUCCAAGCUGUAGAGGUACUGGCAUGCAGAUCAGGAUUCAUCAAAUAGGACCUGGAAUGGUUCAACAGAUUCAGUCUGUGUGCCCAGAGUGCCAAGGUCAAGGCGAGAGGAUAAAUCCUAAGGACCGCUGUAAAAGCUGUGUUGGUCGUAAGAUUGUCAGAGAGAAGAAAAUCCUUGAAGUCCAUAUUGACAAAGGUUUAUCAUUAAUUUUUAUUUUAUUUUUGCUCUAAAACUGCACAAUUGGUAACUUCAGAUAUGAGACUUUACUCUGCUGUAACUGAUAUCUUAAAGGACAACUAUAGUUCCAGUAAAACAAAGUUUUUGCUGGCACUAUAGGAUUAUUAGGUCCCCCUUCCCACUUGCCUUUCUCCAGCGCUGGGGAACUCUCCUUCUCCUGCCGACAUCAGCGCCAAAUUACUCAAUGCUUUCCUAUGGACAUCAGCGUGUUCUUAUUGUGAUUUUUCACUGUGCAAAUCGUGGAAGCGGCCUCUAGUGGCUGUCAGUGAGACUGCCACUAGAAGCUGGAUUAACCCUCAGUGUAAACAGCUGUUUCUCUGAAACUGUUUUAAGCUGCCAGGUUAAAACUAGAGGGACCUGGCACCCAGACCACUUCAUUGAGCUGAAUUGGUCUGGGUGCCUAUAGUGGUCCUUUUUAAACUUCUGUAUGUGUCUUUACAUCAGUGUAUGGCACUAUUCCGCAUGAGCAAUCUAGCUUCACAUCACUGCAAUUUAUGAAUGACAUUCUGAUAAAAAUAAACAAGUAGCGGUCUACCCCAAAAAUGCAUUUUACACUUUGUCAUUCUAGCAUACAAAUUGAUUUUGGAAUCUUUAAUGCUGCAUGUACCAUAUAUCAAUCCAGUCUAAAGAUUACAAUGAACAGUUAAUAAAUGUAAAAAAAAAGCUCCAUUGUCUUUCCUGUCCUAGUACAUAGCCAAUCAUGUUGCCUACCUGGCUUUCUAUUGAAACUUCUGUGCAGAUUUCAGAGACCAUAAUUGGACUAACUCAGUAAAUGGCACAAACUGUAAUAUGGCUCUUAUACUUGUGGUAAAACAUGCAAAUGAUGGCUUUAAGCCCUCUCAUUGGAAUAUAUUGGUUUCUAGUGCUAGUGUGUCUUAACCUCACAAACACUGACCUGCUGGGAUGGCCAUAUGCCAAGAUGGUAAAAUAGCCCUCUCUUUGCUCUGCAGCUUCCCCAGCUGUUGCAUGAGCUUUAUGGCAGAUGCAACAUACAAAAGAUGUAGAUCUAGAAAGCAAGCAAUGACUGCUCCUAGUUUUGUAGGUGCUUUCUUAUUUAUAUUGUUUGUCUCCUCUCGCGAUUUAACAAUUAAGUUUCCAUCUCAUUUAAAACUUUUAAGAUUUCUCAUCUGGCAUCAUAUAUAACUUUUUUCUGUGAUCGUAUAUUCAGACUUAAAUGUUUGAAGUAGACCAUUUUUAGAAUGUUUAAACAUGCAGUAGUCUUGCUCACUGCUGAUUUGUAUUUGAACAGGAAUGAAGGAUGGUCAAAAAAUUACAUUUGCUGGUGAAGGAGAUCAGGAACCUGGACUGGAACCAGGAGAUAUUAUUAUUGUAUUGGACCAAAAAGAUCAUGCUGUUUUUACAAGGUAAAGUUUGAUGAUCCUAUAAUAUUGACCUAUGUAUCAAACUACAAAACCGUGCAUGGUGCAUCUUUUUACUCUGAGACUCACAAGGGCAAGCGUCCGAAAUCAUGUAGAAAGCCGAUCUAAUUAUGAUAAAAUAGAACAUACCAUUUAUUGAAAACUUUUUUUUUUUUUUUUUUUACUAUUGGACAAAGAAGCAAAAAACAUGCAAGCAUAUUCCAGGGAGACACCUCAAUGCAUUUCAUGCAACAUGGCACUUGGUCUUAAGCAUGCCUAAGAGCCAUGUUGCAUGAAGGUGUCUCACUGGGAUAUGCUUUUAAGUGGUUUUGUUUUCCUCUGCUAUAUCCUUAAAUUGUCUCGUUUUUUUGUUGUUGUACUAUUUCAAUAAAGGUUCUGUCUUAUUGUGGACUGCAUCUGCUUUCUACAUGAUUUUGGAUGUUUGCUUGUCUCGUGAUUCUGUUGAUUUACUUCAUGCUGUGCUUGAGUACCCCUGCUUUGGAUGCUGAGCUCCAUUGUAGAAUAACUGGUGCGAGGUUUUUAGAUUUCAAAGAUGUGACUUUGCACCAUGAUCUCUACAUUGUCUUUUUGGAGAGAGUUUGGAUUCUGAGCAUUUCUGGACCUUUUUAUUUUCAUUUUAAUUUUGCACAUCCAGUAUCUGUAACAUUUUCUUUAAUUUAUAAACUUGACAAACAUCCUGAUUUGUGAUUAUGCUCCAAUAAACUAAUAUCCUAGCAGGCUCCACCACCCAGGAUUUUGUUUUUGUAACAAUUUAUAACUGCCUGGAAUACCUAACUCUUGAUAUAAAUGGAACUGUAAUUGCUACAUUUAUAACCUCGAGGUGAAUAUGCUGAGUCUUACUCUUAAAGCUUUUUAAUUACAGGAGAGGCGAAGAUCUCUUGAUGCAUAUGGAAAUUGAACUUGUGGAGGCUCUGUGUGGCUUCCAGAAACCAAUAGUCACACUGGAUUCUAGAACUAUAAUAAUAACCUCUCAUCCUGGUAAGAAACCUGUCUUGAGACAUAAACCAUAGUAUGUGUGUUUGCUCUCUGUGGCAUUUGUGUUCAAUACAGUUUUUCUUUAUUUUGUGGUUGUUUAGGUCAGAUUGUUAAACAUGGGGAUGUGAAAUGUGUGCUCAGUGAAGGAAUGCCAAUCUAUCGCCGGCCAUAUGAAAAGGGACGUCUAAUCAUUGAGUUCCAGGUAAGCAUUUAACAUCUAGAUACUUUCCGGUCAGUUGAUCAAUGUGAAGAAACUUAUCAUGCUAAUGUGACAUUUACUAAUGCGAUCUUUCCCUUUAUUUAGGUUAACUUUCCAACAAGUGGCUUCAUCUCGCCAGACAAACUUCCUAUGUUAGAGAAACUCUUACCUGCAAGAAAAGUUAUUGAAGAGGCUGAAGACAUGGAGCAGGCUGAGCUAAUGGAUUUUGAUCCUUCCCAGCAGCGGCAAAACCAUUACAGAGAAGCCUAUCACGAAGAUGAUGACCAUCCAAGAGGAGGUGUGCAGUGCCAGACCUCUUAAACCAAGCCAGUCCGUAAUGGCACUUGCAGCAUAAACCUUGCUCUUGCUAUCCUUGUCUGACACCCAUCCAUGACUACUGCAACAAGCCAUUAUAAAGAACUCUGCUCUCACAUGUCUGUCCCUGAAGAGAAAUGUAGAAAAACUCUCAUUUUGAGCCUAUGUAAAUCUGAAGGCAUAAACAAAACUACAUUUGUUUUGUAUAAAGCUACCACAAAGACUUGACUGGUGCACAAUCCACUUAUUGAAACCUCAAAUAUUUAAUUGAUACAGGAAAUUAAUAAAAUGUGUUAUACAGUAAGUUAAUAUUUGUAGUCUCGGGACUGAUGUCUGAAACAAUGGCUUUUUAUGUAAAGUUGCAUUUAAAAUUAACUUAUGUACGUACAUGUGAACAUACAAAAAACUUUUUUUUUUAAAUUACACAUGCAAACAAUAAAAGUGUUUUUGUGGUUCUGCAAGAGAUUAUAUAUUGAUACCUGCAAUUCAGAUACAUUAUUAGGAACUGGGCCACAGAAAGUGACUGGCUUUUAAAAAUGAAUGUCGCAUAAAGACUAGUAAAUACCUGCGUAUUAAGAGAGGUGGAUAGAAGAGAAUCCAUACAAGCUCCUGUGAAGACAUCUGAGCUUAUGUCUUUUAUUUUUAACGGUUUUAGGUUUUUGUCUGGUUAUUGCUAAAUGAAUUUAGUGGGUUCUCUGUUGACCAGGAACCAAAGCCAAGUUCUCAAUCCAUGCUAAAAUGGUUUGACAUCUUUCUGUGGAGCAGUGCCCCAGUUGGCACUAAACCACUGCAGUGACCUGUAAUGGUUUUGGCUUGGACUAUUCUGUCUAUAGUGAUUGGUGCACACACAAAUGUUACAGCAAAACCCCUGUCUGCAAGGUUUUUCUGGGAUUGAUUCUACCUAUCCAGUUGGGGUUCUAAUAUUCCACAAAUGAAAGUGUCUCAGGCCUGAUGUCCACAUUAGGAUGCAAUGGAACAUGUAUAGGCCUCGAGCUUGAUCCGACUCAUCUAUGUUAAUUUUGUACUGGCUACUUAUGCUAGCUGAGGUAGGACCAG